AUGGCACAGCGAAAGUUAUUGACAGAAGUAGACCGGACAUUGAAGAAGGUAUCAGAGGGAGUUGAGUUGUUUGAGAGCAUGUAUGAUAAGCUCCAGACGUCAAACAAUCAAACCCAGAAGGAGAAGCUAGAAGUUGAUUUGAAGACUCAGAUCAAAAAGCUUCAGCGAAUGCGUGAUUCUAUUAAGACUUGGAUAAGCUCGAGCGAUAUCAAGGACAAAUCUGAAUUGAUGUCUUCGAGGAAAUUGAUAGAGACGCAAAUGGAACGCUUUAAAGCAUGCGAGAAGGAAAUUAAAACUAAGGCUUUUUCUAAAGAAGGUCUAAUAGCUGCUACAAGGCUAGAUCCUAAAGAUCAAGUUAAGCAUGAGUGUUCCAAUUGGUUGGGUCAAUUUGUCGAUGAGCUCAGUCGGCAGAUUGAAACAACUGAAGCAGAAAUUGAACAUAUAUCUGGUGCGACAUCAAAAAGAAGUAAAAAGUCAAGUGGUACGCAAGAACGUGUCUCAGAAUUAGAGAACUUGAAUGAACGUCGAAAUUGGCAUAUUUCUAGACUUGAAUUAACACUUCGAUUACUCGAAAAUGAUCAACUCAGUGUUGAUCAGAUAAACAACAUUAAAGACGACAUUCAAUACUUUGUUGAAUCAAACGCAGAGGAGGAGUUCGAGGAGGAUGAAGGUAUCUACGAUGAGCUUAACCUCGAUGAAGAGGAACAAAUGUAUGGUAUGGGUGCAGCUAACAGUCAAGGAAUCGACGAGCAAGCAUCCUCUCAUGAUUCCAUUUCAAUCACAGACGAGCCUGUACAGCCACCAUCCAAGCCAUCAAAGAAGUCUUCCAUCGAUGAAGAUAUCGCUACACCCAAGAAGAUCAAAAAGUCAUCCUUUACUUCCCCAGACAGCAGUAAUAGUGGUGCUAUUCCAGCACCUAAUUUCAACCAGGAACCUGUUGCUAGGACGACACAGUCGCCUGCUUCUCUCCAAGCUAAGCCUGCCCCAGCUCCACCGACGAUCAAAUAUGCAACAGCCGCUGCAAAUGCAGUCGCCAAUACAGCAGUACCAACGACAAGUGAAGGUGAAGAGCAAAUCAAGGAAUCUUUACAGGGAGAAGAUGGAGUUGGAGCUGGAGUCGGAGUCAUUGAGGGUGAUGAAUUGGACACACCACAACAGGAUACACAAGUACCACAUUCUCCACCUCAACUGCAGAGUACAACAUUUGAAGAGCCAACAACGCAAAUACAAUCGCACCCUCAAUCACACACCCAACCACAGACAUCACAAUCAGCAGCAUCUUCAAAUGGAUUACCGUAUGUCUUGUCAGAUUUAGCAACUUCAUUCGAAACUGCUAAACAGAAGUCGACAAGUAAUACCGCUGACAGACUUCACCAAGCGCUUGAAUCGAGUGUGGAUGGAAUACCAGAUGCGGCCGAUGCCGAACGUCCACGUUACUACGUACCAAAGAAUCUGUGGACGUCGCCAUCGUAUUACCCACAAGUUCCAAAGAAGGAUCUUGAGCACCCAAGUCUGUUUUCAAGGCUGGAGACUGAUACACUUUUCUACAUAUUCUACUACAUGCAAGGCACAUAUCAGCAAUACCUGGCUGCUCGUGAACUCAAGAAACAGAGUUGGAGAUUCCAUAAGCAAUAUUUGACGUGGUUCCAACGACACUCAGAGCCCAGUCAAAUAACCGAUGACUAUGAGCAAGGUGCUUACAUAUACUUUGACUGGGAGGGUACUUGGUGCGAGCGCAAGAAGAAUGACUUUAAGUUUGACUAUGUUUACUUGGAGGAUACUCUUCAAUGA